CCUAGGGUUUUAGGUGGAGCGGAAAGGGGCGAAGCCGAUUUGCUUGUAUCUUCUCGCCUGCAUUUCUCCAUUCUUCUAGAUCUUCCCAUCCUAAAAAUGGCGGUGGAGCGUCUGCUUAAAGAUGAGGCCACAGAAGAGAAGGGAGAGAGGGCCAGAAUGGCAUCAUUUGUUGGUGCCAUGGCCAUUGCUGAUUUAGUGAAGACCACUUUAGGGCCAAAGGGAAUGGACAAGAUUUUGCAAUCAACUGGCAGGGGCCGGAGUGUUACCGUCACUAAUGAUGGAGCCACUAUCUUGAAAUCACUCCACAUUGAUAAUCCUGCUGCUAAGGUUCUCGUUGAUAUAUCUAAAGUUCAAGAUGAUGAGGUUGGCGAUGGAACAACUUCUGUUGUUGUUUUGGCUGGGGAGCUUCUUAGGGAGGCUGAGAAAUUGACGAAUGCAAAGGUCCAUCCAAUGACUAUAAUUGCAGGUUAUAGAAUGGCGGCUGAGUGUGCGCGGAAUGCAUUGUUGCAGAAGGUUUUGGACAACAAAGAUGAUCCAGAGAAGUUCAAGUCAGAUUUGAUGAACAUUGCAAUGACAACUUUGAGUUCCAAAAUACUUUCUCAGGACAAGGAGCAUUUUGCGAAGCUUGCGGUAGAUGCUGUUCUGAGGCUUAAGGGUAGUACAAACCUGGAGGCUAUCCAAAUCAUCAAGAAGGCUGGAGGAUCCUUGGUAGAUUCAUUUUUGGAUGAAGGGUUCAUUCUUGACAAAAAGAUUGGCAUUGGCCAACCAAAACGGAUCGAGAACGCUAAAAUAUUAGUGGCAAACACUGCUAUGGACACUGACAAAGUGAAAAUUUAUGGUGCUCGAGUUCGAGUUGACUCGAUGGCUAAGGUCGCCGAGAUAGAGGGCGCUGAAAAACAAAAAAUGAGGGAAAAGGUUCAAAAGAUUAUUGCUCAUGGAAUCAACUGUUUCAUUAACCGACAGUUAAUCUACAACUUUCCCGAAGAGCUUUUUGCCGAUGCGGGUAUACUCGCAAUCGAACAUGCCGACUUCGAAGGGAUCGAACGUCUCGCUCUUGUGACAGGUGGCGAAAUCACUUCUACUUUCGAUAAUCCUGAGGCUGUGAAGCUCGGUCAUUGCAAGCUUAUCGAAGAAAUAAUGAUUGGCGAAGAUAAGUUGAUUCACUUUUCUGGUGUUGAGUUGGGCCAGGCGUGUACAAUAGUAUUACGAGGGGCGAGCCAGCAUGUCCUGGACGAAGCCGAAAGGUCCCUGCAUGAUGCUCUAUGUGUGUUGUCCCAAACUGUGAACGACAGCCGAGUAUUGCUCGGUGGCGGCUGGCCGGAGAUGGUGAUGGCGAAAGAGGUAGACGAACUUGCUCGCCGGACUCCGGGCAAAAAGUCACUUGCCAUCGAGUCAUUCUCCCGUGCUCUCCUAGCCAUACCAACCAUCAUAGCUGAUAAUGCUGGGUUGGACAGUGCUGAGCUUAUUUCUGAGCUGAGAGCAGAGCACCACAAAGAGAGGAGCAAUGCAGGAAUUGAUGUUAUAUCCGGAAGUGUUGGAGACAUGGAGAAAUUGGGUAUAUCAGAGUCCUUCAAAGUUAAGCAGGCGGUCUUACUGUCUGCUACUGAGGCUGCUGAGAUGAUUCUGAGGGUUGAUCAGAUUAUCACAUGUGCACCUCGCAGGAGAGAAGAGAGAAUGUGAUGGAGGUCAAUCCUGCAAUUUUCUGGUUUAUAUUUGCCAGUUUAUGGAUUUUCUGUUACUUUUUUGUCAUAGUUUUUGUAUGCUGUGCUUGUUAUUAAUCUGCAACACUAUUUUAUUGCA